UUCCCAGAACGGUUCAGCCAUUUUUCUUUCACUCUGUCUCUCUACCUCUUAACACUGGCACUACGGAGACCCAAUUUUGUGCAUAAAGCAGUGACAAAUUGGUGGUUGCUCAAGGCGGGUCCGGUGGAAUCGGCGGCGGCGGCCGGUCAGAAUUCAGUUCUACAGUUUUAAUGAACGAAGUUAUGGGAGGAGUAGCUCGAGUCAAAUCAGAGCCAGUAACGGUGUCCGAUGAGGACACUAGUCAUUCGAACUCUGAUGGGUACUGUGAUGUUGAAGGUGAACUACUCGACGGCGUUUUCAGUGACGAUUCGGGAAGGAAGAGCUCGCAAGUGACGGGUGAGGGGUUUAUUGAACCGGUUCACGUCAAGUUAGAGGAACCGGGUGAAGAGGUGGAUGAUGUCGAUGGCGGUGUUGGAGUUAAUGGAUCGUCGUACUCGUCGCCGAUCGACUUGCCGAAACCGAUGGAAGGGUUGCACGAGCUUGGCCCGCCGCCGUUCCUCAAGAAGACUUUCGAGAUGGUGGAGGACCCGAUGACUGACCCGAUUGUAUCCUGGAGUAAAGCUCGUGAUAGCUUCAUCGUUUGGGAUUCCCACGAAUUUUCCAAAAUUCUUCUCCCUAAGUACUUCAAACAUAGCAAUUUCUCGAGCUUUAUUCGCCAGCUUAAUACAUACGGAUUUCGGAAGAUUGAUUCAGAUCGUUGGGAGUUUGCGAACGAAGGAUUUCAGGGUGGAAAGAAGCAUUUGCUAAAGAACAUCAGGAGAAGAAGCAAGUAUAACAAACUGCAGCAAGGAGGAGCAUUGACUUCCAUGAAACCUGGCCUGGAGGCUGAAGUUGAGAGACUGAGGAAGGAUCAGAACAUACUGAAAGUUGAAAUUCUGAAGCUGAGACAGCAACAAGAGACUUCACGGGUUCAGCUUGUGGACGUUCAAGAACGAGUUCGGUCUGCUGAGUUGAAGCAGUGCCAGAUGAUUUAUUUCCUGACCAAAAUGGCCAGAAGACCAACAUUGGUUCAGCAGUUAAUCGAGAAGGUAAAGCGUAAAAGAGAGCUCAGUGGGGGUGAGAUCGGUAAGAGACCCAGAUUGCUUGGAACCCAUUGCCCUGUCGGCCUCCCUAAGACCAUGGACACCAUUCCUGAUGUUGAUUAUAGACAAGGUUAUAAGGACUUGGCUUCAUUGCAAUCAGAGCUCAAUGGACUCUUGUCUGAAACAGUAAACAAUAGCAGAACGCAGCCUGCAGCCCCUUUUCCUCUGAAAGAUGAACUAUGCAGUUCUAUACAGGGAUUAAGUACCGAUAAUUCAAGGGCAAGCGCUACCCAAGCAUCGUCUGCAGCCUGCUGUAUGGUGUCCGAAAAACUGAUGGAAGAGAACUUUGUUGUUGAUGAAGGGCUUGAUGUGAAUGAUUCAAAUAUCUAUCUUGAAUUGGUGGAUUUGAUCAGCAAACCAGCUGAUUGGGCUGGAUCCGCAGGUGGAUUGGUGGGGCAAACUGGUUGUAUGUGAUCGAUUCCCAUGAAAAGGUUGCAAGAGUGAGUCCACCCUUCACAUAGAUGCUUCUGCUGCAACAGCAAUGACGAUGAACAAAUUGUAUUUAGGCUCUUCAGGUCUAACUUGAAAACAGAGAACCCAGGUUGUUCUCACCAGUGUACAUGAUAUAGAAAGAAACUGCGUGUUUCUUCUUUUGGCUGGAUCCAAAUGUGAAUAUUUUCUUAUGUUCCUCUUACAUCUUUCACAUGUUAAUUUUCAUAGUUCCCUACUGUGAUGGUAAAUUUUGGUUUUUCCUUUUUUUGUACAAAGUCCUGUAUCAGCCAGUUCUCAAAACUGAACCUUUUGUUACCACACAACUUAUUGUAAUAUGAUAUCACUAUCACUUAGGUUUAUGGCUUGUGUGCUGCUUCUGCUUUGUUUAUUUUGAUUCACUUCUUUAAAUAUUAUGGAUAUAUGAUUCUGGUUUAAA